AAAAACUCCUUGUCUCUGGUUAAGUGGCUCUUAGGUUCUUUAUAUUGCCGCCGGUACCCAGAAUCGAUUGGGUUGUUUAUAAAUAGUGGAAGACAAGUUAUCCUUCGACAUCUUCACUUGACGGACGCGGGAGACGACAUGUACAGGUGGAUCGUGCCCAUACUUCUGUGCACAGUGCACAGCGCGCCUCAAGACACAGACAUCACAUAUGUUAGGAUCCAGCCUUUGAACACAGAUCCGAAGGCGCCCAGCGUCGAGCACCAGCCUUUGAAUACAGAUCCACCGAAAAGGCCUAACGUUGAUCACCACCCUUUGUACACAGAUAUACCUAAAGCAUCCAGCGUUGACCAGAAGCCUUUACACACAGAUCCACCGAAGGAGCCUCGCAUCGACCACCAGCCUUUCAACACAGAUCCACAUAAGGCUGACAACAUCAACCCCACUCCAAAAGGCAACGAAUCAGAGAGCAUUAAUCAAAGUGACAAAAAUCUGAACGCUUUUCACGAACCGAUUACAAGUAAAAUAGACCUCAAUGUUGAACCCAGCGAAAAUAUUGAUCCGUCAAUAAUAAACAAGUUCAACAGAAUAGCAACAGACGAUCCUUUACAACCAAAAAACCACAGAUUUAACGUAACAGAAAUCAGUGUAAUUGAAAACGCAAAUAGAUUUGCGAGAAGCGAAAUUACUACCAACUAUGAAACUACUACAGAUGCUGUCACAGAUACUGAAAGAGAACUGCGACAAACAAUACAGUUUGAGGCUAGAACAAGGCCGCCUUUACGGUAUUUAUCGAAGCUUAGUUACUAUAAAUCUACCGUGGGAUAUGGCGGGUCUGACGUCAACCUUUUAGAGAGAGGAGGAAAGAGGAGGUUCCGCUCCAAAUGUAGAUGUGAGAAGAUUUGGAACUGCCCGAAAUUGCAAAUAACUGUGCCGAGGUGCCCCGAUGAAUAUUUCUUGUGUUGUUUUUGAUCCAAUGGUAGAAAUAGCUUUAACUCGGGAAGUUACUACAUGCCUAGUUUAAACUAGGUAGUCCUCAAAUCUUCUUCCUUUUAACUCGAUGUUUACUAAAUUAAUGGAUAGAUAAAACGUUUAUUCGACAGUUCUAUAGACACAAAACAAAUAUAACAAAUCCUUAAAACUAACACAGGUGUGCUGUAACUAUUCGAAAUGAUCAUAACUCAGCGAUCUUUAUGAACUGAAAGUGUAAAAAAAAGCUGAUUUUCAGAUGACUUGAUCAAAAUUAGUAGCAGCUAUUCGCAGGAAAUUAAGUAAACUGUGUUUGCACAGACUUUCGAGACAAGAAACAGCGGAAUCACAAUUAGAUAAAUAAAGUGUAAAGUAAACGGGGUUACACUUCAACAAUUAAUUUAUAUAAAAAAAAUUAUUACCCCACCGAGAAAUCGUUUUCCUUAAUCUGUUUUCUGUGAAAUUGCGUCAUUUAUUUAUUAUACAUAAAAACAAUGAUAAAACAUAUAACAUGUAACAGGGCAAUAGACGUGAUUAAAUGUAUGUAUGUAACAUACAUUUAAUCACG